AUGCAAUCGGCGGCGUUGUUAGUGUUUCUUGUAAUGGUCACGUUUGGCCAUGGAGCAAAAGAAAAACCGGAACUUAGUGAGGAAAUCAAAGAAAUAAUACAACAUGUUCACAACGAGUGCGUCGGUAAGACUGGGGUGGCUGAGGAGGACAUAGCGAAUUGCGAAAACGGCAUAUUUAAGGAGGACGUAAAAUUGAAGUGCUACAUGUUUUGCUUACUAGAAGAAGGGAGUCUCGUUGACGACGAUGGUAACGUGGAUUAUGAUAUGAUGAUCAGUUUGAUACCAGAACAGUACACCGAUCGAGUCUCUAGGAUGAUAAACGGAUGUAAACAUCUAGAUACUCCUGGCAAAGAUAAAUGUCAAAGGGCGUUUGAUGUUCAUAAGUGCUCAUACGCCGCAGAUCCUGAUAAGAGCCAGGAUAGUGCAGUGGGUAAAGGCUGCGGAUGUCGCAAUUUGGCGCGGAGCCGCCGUAAUGACGGCUGGACGGCGAGCGACGAGCGCCGCGGACGUACGUGCGCCGGC